GGAGGAGGAGGCGGCGGCAUGGGGAAGGAGCAGGACCUGCUGCAGGCGGUGAAGACCGGAGACCUGGUGUCCACCCAGAAGCUGCUGUCCAGACUCAAAGCCAGCAGGAACAAGCUGCUGGGCUCCACCAAGAGACUGAACGUGAACUACCAGGACUCAGACGGGUUCUCGGCGCUGCACCAUGCUGCCCUCACAGGAACCACAGAGCUCAUGUCUGCACUGCUGGAGGCUCAGGCCACCGUGGACGUCAAGGACAGCAACGGAAUGCGUCCGCUGCAUUACGCGGCCUGGCAGGGUAAAGCUGAGUCGGUGUUGAUGCUGCUUCGCUCUGGAGCCUCAGUGAACGGAGUCUCUCUGGACGGACACAUCCCUCUGCACCUGGCAGCCCAGUACGGACACUAUGAAGUGUCUGAGAUGUUGCUGCAGCAUCAGUCCAACCCCUGUCUGGUCAACAAGGCCAAGAAGACUCCUCUGGACCUGGCCUGUGAGUUCGGGAGAGUCCAGGUGGCCCAGCUGUUGCUAAGCAGCAACAUGGUGGUGGCGUUGCUGGAGGGAGAGAGGAAGGAGCAGACGGACUCGGCCUUCACCACGCCGCUUCACCUCGCCGCCCGCAACGGACACAAAGACAUCAUAAGUCUGCUGCUGGCUGCCGGCAUCGACAUCAACAAGACCACCAAGUCUGGAACAGCUCUGCAUGAAGCGUCUCUGUACGGGAAGACGGAGGUGGUCCGCCUGCUGCUGGACGCCGGAGUGGACGUGAACAUCAGAAACACCUACAACCAGACGGCGCUGGACAUCGUCAACCAGUUCACCACGUCACACGCCAGCAGGGACAUCAAGCAGCUGCUCAGAGAUGCAACGGGGGUUCUGCAGGUCAGAGCUCUGAAGGACUUCUGGAACCUCCACGAUCCGACGGCCCUGAACAUCCGGGCCGGAGACGUCAUCACGGUGUUGGAGCAGCACGUGGACGGACGCUGGAAGGGCCACAUCCACGACACCCAGAGGGGGACGGACCGCGUCGGCUUCUUCCCUCCGUCCAUCGUGGAGGUCAUCAGCAGACGGAACGGGGGCGCCCUCUCCCGACACGCCUCCCUGCCCUCCCAUCGGCAGCAGCAGCCGUCCAGACCCCUCUCCUCCAGCCUCAGCUCCGCCCCUCACACCGAUGACUCCUACACCCUCUGCCCCCCCACCCACGUGGUACUGCCGCUGGCCAACGGCCUCAACACCACAGGUUUGUCUCCCAGCCGCCUGUCUGAGUCCGGGUGUCCCUUCGAGGACAUCUGGGUCCUCAGGGACUCGAGUCAUGCUGGAGACAGGAACAGCGUCGGCAGCGUCGGCAGCACCCGGAGUGCCGGCAGCGGUCAGAGCACGGAGAGCACCAGCACGCCCAACGGCCUGCAGCCCAACGCCGGUCACCAUGACAACGCCAGCCAGCCGGCGCCCUCUGCUGGUGAUUCUGGACACUCAGACUGCAGCAAACAGUCCGAUCAUCCUGCAGGUGGAACUCCUCGCAGACACACGGUGACGGUGCAGAGACCUGCAGAGCAGAGCUUCUCUCAGCAGUUUGUUCGUCCUCAGCAGCUGCUGGAGGGGAAGGAUGCAGAGGCCAUCUAUCAGUGGCUCAGUGAGUUCCAGCUGGAGCAGUACAUCGGGAACUUCAUCAGUGCUGGUUACGACGUUCCAACCAUCAGCAGGAUGACUCCUGAGGACCUGACUGCCAUCGGAGUGACCAAACCAGGACACCGCAAGAAGAUCUCCAUCGAGAUCAACAACCUGAACAUCCCAGAGUGGCUGCCCGAGUACAUCCCAUCUGACCUGGGCGAGUGGCUCAGCGCCAUCGGCCUCCCUCAGUACCACAAGAAGCUCUCAGAGAACGGCUACGACUCCAUCAGCAUCGUCAAGGACCUCACAUGGGAGGAUCUGCAGGAGAUCGGCAUCAUCAAGCUCGGCCACCAGAAGAAGCUGAUGUUGGCGGUGAAGAAGCUGUGUGACAUCCAGAGGGCGAUCCUUCAGGCCGAAUCAGGCCAAGGCACGCUGCGCCGCAAAGCCCCCGGAGCGCUCCACCUGGUCGCCAUCGAGCCGCCGGACUCGGCCGGUGAAUGCUCCUCCCCUCACACCCCAAAGAUGCUGACCUUCCAGGACAGCGAGCUGAGCGCCGAGCUGCAGACGGCCAUGUGCAGCCACUACGGCGGCUGCGAGGAAGGUUUGGCCAUCAAGAACGCGGUGGGAAUGUCCCAGAGCCAGGAGAGCUUCGACGCCCGGUCCAGAGGCUCCGGGCGCUCCCAGGACCCCCCUACGGCUUCCAUCACCCCCCACAGCUGGUCCCAGGAGAGCCUGGAGGGCAGCCCCGCCAAGGAGAGGAACCUCCCCGAGGGCUGGGACCAGAGACCUCUGCAGCCGCUGGCCAAGCAGGUUCCUCUGGGCACCGCCACCAUGUUCAAGUACCCGGCUAUCCCAGCCAAACCCAAACUGUCUGGAUCUCGUGGUCCGUCUCCUCAUGGCUCCCCAGCGCUGAAGGGUUUCAGCUACCUGCAUUCUCAUUGUGGCUCCACGGACCUGAGCUCAUCUCCCAGGUCUGAGAACCACAGCAUGACCCUGAUGCCGCCAAAGAAGCGCGGCCAGUUCGUGACCCGCUACGCCCUGUCGGACGGAGAGCCGGACGAGGACGACGAGGAGCCGGCGUAUCGUUCUGGAAACCUCUCGUCCUACGCCACCUUGACCCGCAAACCGGGCCGCAGCCAGCUGGCCAGGUUACAGUCCAGUCCAGAGAAGAACGGCACCGUGGGACGCAGUCAGUCCUUCGCGGUGCGCGCCCGGAAAAAGGGUCCUCCUCCUCCACCUCCGAAGAGACUGAGCUCCGUGAGCAGCACCACCAGCGGUGAGCUGAGCGACAGCAGCACUACGUCGUCCUCCGGCGGGAUGAUAACAGACAGUCCGGUGAGCGUGAGGAGCAUCGCUGCCUCUCUGGAGGGCAUGACAGACGGGAAGAACCCCCCAGGACCUAAACCGGGGCUCCUCCACCAGGAGCCGCCGCCAUCCUCCCCGUCCCUCAGCUCUGCAGGGCAGGAGCCCAGAGAUGCUGCCGGGUCGAGGAGGAGGGUCCAGAGCGAAUGUAUUCCCACCCAGACCAGAACGGAGCCAGACCGAGGGGUGAAGUCCGACUCUGAGGAAGAAGAACCAAAAGGUCGCGGACUGGACCGGUCCUCGUCCCCUCAGAACAGCUCCAGUGAGUGCAUCCCCUUCGCGGAGGAGGGCAACCUGACCAUCAAACAGAGGCCCAAAGCUCCGGGGCCGCCGAGGGCCGAGGCGGUGCUGGAGCCUCCGGAGAACCAAGACGCCAAGAGCCUGGAGGUGCCGGAGUUCAACCUGAAGGAGUCGGACACCGUGAAGCGCCGCCACAAACCCAAAGACAAGGAGCAGGGAGGAGGUUCCCCCUGCAUGGAGGGAGCCGGGUCGGAUUCCGGCAGAAGCAGGUCUCCAUCCCUGAACCGGGAUGAGGUCAGUCUGAGGAUCAGUGAGGCUGGUCUGGAGAGGCCAGCUAGUCCGGCAACGGGAUCCACCAUCAAACCUCCGCUCUCCCCAAAACCUGCCGUCGCACCUAAACCGGUCCGUCACAGUCUGCUGGCAGCACAAGCAGCGGGCCUCUCCUCCCCCUCGUUGACGGUCAGUGUGGUUCAGAGUUUGGCCUUCUCCUGCCCCCCCUCCCCCCGGGCUCCGUCCCCCCAGAGUCCGUCUCUGACAGCAGCCCGGCCUCAGGUGUGCGUGGUCGGUCCGGGUAGCGUUCCCGAGUCGUCCUGUGGGACUGAGGUGGUCCAGCAGAGACUGGAUCAGACCAGCACGUCUCUGGAAGCGGCUCUGAAGGCGGUCGAGAGGAAACUGGAGGACGACUCAGACGGUGGAUCAAACACGGUGAAGUCUGCCGGGACGAUUCUGGACGACAUCGGCAACAUGUUCGACGACCUCGCCGACCAGCUGGACGCCAUGUUGGAGUGAAGACUCUUCAUUAAAAACAAACAAAACAUUCACCCUCACACUCAGGAAGUGAAACAGAGAAGAGGAGGGUGGAUGUUUAGCAGGAGGAACACCAGCACUUAAACAGAAUCUGGAUCCAGAGUCCGGCUGAAACCUUUUUGUGUCGUCGUCUUCUUUUAUCGAAACAGAACCAAACUAAAGUCUGACCAGUGUUUAUUUUAUCAGAAAGAUUAUUCAGAUUAUUGUUAAACACUAAUAUUGUUACAUGAAGUUUUUAUCUUUACGAUAGAGAGCCGAAGUCCUGAAUCAGUUUACUCAAGAGCUGUAUCUAAGUACAUAUCUGAGGUACUUGUACUCAAGUAUUUCCAUUUUCUGCUACUUUAUACUUCUACUUCACUACGUCUCGGAGAGAAAUGUACUUUUUAUUGAUAAUUCUACAGAUUCAGAUUAUUAAUCCACUAAUAAAUGACGAUGUUUUAUUAUAGAGUUUAUAAAGUCAUUAAAAUAAUCUCCUCCGUUAAAGUGAUUAAGACUUUAAUGCAUCAAUAAUUAUAAUAUAUAUUAUUCUGCAUGAUGAGUACUUUUACUUUUUGUACUUACAGUAUAUUUUGAUGCUGAUAUUUUUGUUAUUUUAUUGUUAAAUUGUAAACGCAGGAUUUUUACUUCACAACAAACGAAGAAAAUAUUUAAACAAAAUAAAAUAGAAUAAGGAAGUUUAAAAUCCUCCCGUCUCAAAUAAACGUUCCAUCUUUAUUAACAUUAAUGUUUAAAUGAUUUGUGAUUGGAGCAGAACUUCGGCUCUCUACCCGACAUGUCUGACCAUUUCAAAUCUUUUAUAAUAUUUAAAGAUCUAUUUUAUACCCGCCGAUCUUAACUGUGUGUACUUCAGAGUGUGUGUUUCCAAACGGUUGUUGAUGCAAAGGGAAGCAUGUCGCUGAUAUACAAACUAUUUUUUGAUACUCAUUUUAGCCAAAUUAGUAUUUAAAUUAGAGUAAUCUAAAUAUGUAUAUUGAUAUUGUACACUAGAGGUAUAUACAGGAGCAGAUAUUCAACCAAAGUCUUUGUACAGAUUCCCCGCAAAUAUUUUCACAAACCUUUAAAAAAAAAUCCUGUUUGAGAAGUUUAUGAAACGUUAUGAUGUCGUGAGGAUGAACUCUGUCAGUGUGUGUGUGUGUGUGUGUGUGUGUGUGUGUGUGUGUGUGUGUGUGUGUGUGUGUGUGUGUGUGUGUGUGUGUGUGAAUGAACGAGCUGCUCUGUUUGUUUUUUGUCUCUGUCGUCUCCGUCUGUAUUAUUUGUUUAACUAUUAAAU